AUGAGGUCUUCAUAUAAUAUAAUCUUAGCCGUUUUCUUCAUUUCCUCCCUAGCACAAAACACCCCUCAAGACUUCCUUGAAGUACACAACCAAGCUCGAGAAGAGGUUGGUGUUGGUCCACUCCAUUGGAACCAUACCCUUGAAGCCUAUGCACAAAACUAUGCAAACAAGAGAAUCAAUGAUUGUGAGCUUGAGCACUCCAUGGGACCUUUUGGUGAGAAUCUUGCUGAGGGUUAUGGUGAAAUGAAUGGUUCUGAUGCAGUGAAGUUUUGGAUAACUGAAAAGCCUGAUUAUGACUACCACUCAAACUCUUGUGUUCAUGAUGAGUGUUUGCAUUAUACUCAAAUUGUUUGGCGUGAUUCUGUUUAUCUUGGCUGUGGUAAGUCCAAAUGUAAGAAUGGUUGGGUUUUUGUGAUUUGUAGCUAUUCACCACCUGGCAAUGUUGAUGGACAACGACCUUAUUGA